AUGAUUCGCCUCAUUCUCACCGUCAUUCUCCUCCUCGUCGCGCCCACAAUUUACGGAUUUCUCGAAGAGACCGAGGGCGUCGAACCGCGCCCGAGAACGUGCGAUCCGGACGAGGAACGCGCGGCGCAGAGCUGUAAAAACGUGAGAGUUGCUACUCGAAAACGGUGGCCGGAAAUGAAUGAAUGAAAAUGUUUGCAGGGACUGACGGUUUUGUCGGCGACAUUCGCGUCGAUUCAAGGCCAACACGAGUCGUUCACGGCGAGCGAUCACAUUGGUAUCAAUCGGAACUGCAAGACGGCGCUGGUGAGAACAGAUGGUUUGCGAAACGAAAAUGCUUUUCUUUGCUAUCAUACUAUUGUUGUGGAAUUUAAAAAUUGACAACGCUUUGUAGCGCCACUCCAAAGACUACUGAAGCCUUUCGAAGCAUGUAUUGUAUGCUUCUAUGAGCUACAGUAGUCUUCAAAGUGGAGGUACGAAAAAGUUGUCAACUGAUGGAAUGAAGUAGAAGGUUUGAUUGUUGUACCCAAAAAAUUUUAUGAGAAUAUGACGCCUUCUAACCCGACAAUGUCCAACGUUUCUAGAGCUGUCUGAAAAGCUACGUGGGAUGCUCGGAUAUCAGUCAAGAUGACGUGGAUUCGCUGCAGAAAAAGUGCGAUUAUAUGAUCUACCUGACGGGCGGCUUCUACGCCUGUUCCCAAAAGCUCAAGGAGCGGCUGUCGGAUUCGGAAUGCGUCAAGAACUUUUUCGAUGAUCCGGAGACUGUUGGAGUGAGCAAAUUGCUGAUUUUUGAUAGAAAUUCCUUCUUUUUUUUGCUUUUCAGACCGGAAAAGACGAUAUUUGUGGUGCGUGGAGCGCGAAUCGUGCGUGCCUCAAGUGGACGAUUCGGGACGCGUGCAGCCGAAGCUACUGGAAACAGUACAAACCGUUUUGGCAUCUGAGGUACUCGCUUUUGAAGUGCAUCUAA